UGAUAGGAAAAGAGAACCCACUAAGCAGCAGGCAAAUCUUCCCUCUUGACUCUCUGAGAGCGAGAUCCAAAUCACCGAACUGACCCAACCCAGCCCAGAUCCAUCCACCUGACCGCCCUCCUUCCCUCUCCCACGCCAGUGGGUGGGUUUAUAGUGGUGCCGUCGCCGGAGAGGAUAGGAAGGGCUGGCCGUCCAAGGCGGCGGCGGCGAGAUGCUGACCAAGUUCGAGACCAAGAGCAACCGAGUCAAGGGCGUCGCCUUCCACCCGCGCCGCCCAUGGAUCCUCGCCAGCCUCCACAGCGGGGUCGUCCAGAUGUGGGACUACCGCAUGGGCACGCUCCUCAACCGCUUCGACGAGCACGACGGUCCCGUACGCGGCGUCCAUUUCCACAAGACGCAGCCUCUCUUCGUAUCUGGAGGUGAUGAUUACAAGAUUAAGGUGUGGAACUACAAGACACACCGCUGCCUUUUCACGCUCCAUGGUCACCUUGACUACAUCCGCACGGUUCAGUUUCAUGACGAGCAUCCAUGGAUUGUCAGUGCUAGCGAUGAUCAGACAAUCCGUAUUUGGAAUUGGCAGUCCCGCACCUGUGUGGCAGUCUUGACAGGGCAUAAUCACUAUGUCAUAUGUGCUUCCUUCCAUCCUAAGGAGGACCUUGUCGUGUCAGCAUCUCUGGAUCAGACUGUCCGUGUGUGGGAUAUUGGGGCACUCAGGAAGAAGUCGGUCUCCCCAGCGGAUGACAUUAUGCGUCUCACGCAGAUGAACACUGAUAUGUUUGGAGGCAUUGAUGCUGUUGUCAAGUAUGUCUUGGAGGGUCAUGACCGGGGGGUCAAUUGGGCUUCAUUCCAUCCCACACUGCCACUUAUCGUUUCUGGGGCAGAUGACCGGCAAGUGAAACUGUGGAGAAUGAAUGGGAGAUCGAGAGGCGGCGGCACCAACCCUCUAGCUACUGCUUCUGCUCGGGAUGGGGGGCGGGUCGGGUCGGGAUUAUGGAUGGCAAUGGGUACCCGAAACCCGAUUACCCGACGGUCUAGACCCGAUUAGAUGCGGGUCUGAGGAAAAAUCAGACCCGCAGGUCCAUAAAUGGGGAAAUUUCGGACCCGUCCGGUCUGGCGGGUUCGGGUCUCGUAUGGCCGAACCCGAACCCGGAAACCCGGUUCAGUAUAUAGGCCCCAGAUGUCAGUGAAUGGGAUGCACAUCAAAUUCGGCCCAGCCCAAUGCUCAAAUGGACAAGCCCAACCCAACUACAAACCCUAAGAUACUAAGUCCUGUUUGUUU